AUGCCAGUGUGCGGUGGGGACCCUCACAGUGGGGACCCUCACGGUGGGGACCUUCACGGUGGGGACCCUCACGGUGGGGACCCUCACGGUGGGGACCCUCACGGUGGGGACCCUCACGGUGGGGACCCUCACGGUGGGGACCCUCACGGUGGGGACCCUCACGGUGGAGACCCUCACGGUGGAGACCCUAACGGUGGAGACCCUAACGGUGGAGACCCUAACGGUGGAGACCCUCACGGUGGAGACCCUCACGGUGGAGACCCUCACAGUGGCGACCCUCACAGUGGCGACCCUCACAGUGGCGACCCUCACAGUGGCGACCCUCACAGUGGCGACCCUCACAGUGGCGACCCUCACAGUGGCGACCCUCACAGUGGCGACCCUCACAGUGGCGACCCUCACAGUGGCGAACCUCACAGUGGCGAACCUCACAGUGGCGAACCUCACAGUGGCGAACCUCACAGUGGCGAACCUCACAGUGGCGAACCUCACAGUGGCGACCCUCACAGUGGCGACCCUCACAGUGGCGACCCUCACAGUGGCGACCCUCACAGUGGCGACCCUCCCAGUGGCGACCCUCACAGUGGCGACCCUCACGGUGGCGACCCUCACAGUGGCGACCCUCACAGUGGCGACCCUCACAGUGGCGAACCUCACAGUGGCGACCCUCACAGUGGCGAACCUCACAGUGGCGAACCUCACAGUGGCGACCCUCACAGUGGCGACCCUCACAGUGGCGACCCUCACAGUGGCGACCCUCACAGUGGCGACCCUCACAGUGGCGACCCUCACAGUGGCGACCCUCACAGUGGCGACCCUCACAGUGGGGACCCUCACAGUGGGGACCCUCACAGUGGGGACCCUCACAGUGGGGACAUUGGGUUUGGAGACGUGAAAGCCUUCGACAGCACCCUCCCAAGAGACCAGGCAGUACGCAAAAUGGAUAAUCAGGCAGGAGUUGUACCAGUGGAUAAUGGAUUAUCUAAGCCACGGACCUCGGAGCCCCCCAGUAAGAAGAGACUUUAG